UGAAAUCCUCGGACCCGGCGCGAAAUCCUCGGACCCGGCGCAGCCAUGGAGGCGGGGCUGCUCUUGCAAUUCUGCAACUGGAGCACACUAGUAGUGUGCGUGGUCAUCAAGUUCCCGCAGAUCUUCGCCCUGUUUUCCGCCAAGAGUUCGCGGGGGGUCAGCCUGAAAAGUUUGCUUCUGGAGCUGACUGGAUUCCUUGUGUUUCUACGGUACCAGAGUUAUUAUAGCUACCCUCUGCUGACCUACUUGGAGUACCCAAUUCUCAUUGCACAAGAUGUCAUCCUCUUACUAUGUGUUUUUCAUUAUAAUGGAAAUAUGAAGCAGGCCAUCCCAUAUAUUGCCGUAUUUCUAGGUGGAUGGUAUCUCUUGACUCUUCAAAAGUGGAUAAUUGAUUUGGCAAUGAAUUUGUGCACCUUUAUUAGUGCUGCCAGCAAGUUUGCCCAGCUCCAGUACCUGUGGGAGGCAAAGGAUUCUGGAGCAGUGAGUGCCCUGACGUGGAGCAUGUCUGCGUACACUUGUGCAACAAGAGUAAUAACAACUUUAAUGACCACCCAGGAUCUUAUGGUUCUUGUCCGUUUCCUGAUCAUGCUGGCUCUAAAUAUAUGGGUAACGGCUACAAUACUUCGCUACAGGAAGACAACUAUAAAGGAUGAGUAACUGAACGUCCUCACAGAGAAAAUUACUCAAACUGGAACAAAAGAGAAUUAACUUAUUUUCUCCAGCAUAAGACUGAUGUAAAGUCAUUUGGAUUUUAAAAUCAGUAUGAUAAUGGAAAUGUGGUAACUUUACUAUCUAAACUCAUUUUUUCUACUUUUCAGCUUGAAGUUACAAAGUAUGUGCUGUUCUAUUUCCCCUGAGGGACAAGAGAUUGAGCUGGAAUUGUAUCCCAGAGAUUUAAGAGCCAGAAGGGAGCUUACUGGCCUAGUCCAGACCUCUCAUUUUACUGAUAGAGAAACUGAGGCACAGAGAAGAAAAAGUUAUGAUUAAGAUAGUGGCUUAACUCCUUGGCCAGUAGAACUCUUUGGUUCUUCUUUCUAAUGAAGCACUUUAAUCUCAUAAAUUGUUUGUCAUUAAAAAUCUCACUGUACCCUGGUUUCACAUAAGGCUUCCAUUAUUCAAAGGAACACUUAAACAUUUCUCUUCACUGGAUUUUGAAACUAAUGCAGCUGGGCAAGACCAGUUUCUGUUUUUAUGUAAAUAAAUACAUGCACAUAAGAUUUAGGUGGAAAGGACCUUUCAUUUCACAACCUAGAAAAGGGGACGGAUAUAAUCAAAGAUAUAGAACGAAUAGGGAAUUUAUUGAUCCCAUGGUUUGAAUGAAGCUAGGUUUAGGGAAAGAUAAAUGACUGGCCCAAAGGGUAGAAUCAGUAUUAGAAAACAGGCAAUACUAAAUCACAAGGGCAUUAAUGACAAAGAUUCAAACAUAAGCCUUCCACUCUAUUCAUUGCUGCCACUUGGACAGCUUUCUUUCUUAUUUAACCCUAUAAUUAACUCAGAUGGGAAUGGAACAUGUUUUUCAUUACAACUAUAUUGUUUUUUAACUGCUUGUAUGCAAAUUUGGUUAUUAAAGUUUAAAUUUAAUUAGCAUGUAAAAUAAACAUACAUUGAACACUG